GCAGAAACUCAUCGCUGUGCAGACGAAGAACAAUACACAACGCAGCUCCAGGAAAUGUCUUAAGGAUAAAUAUUGCUGUUCUUCAAACCCUUUCAGAUGUCUGGCAUGUGACACUUUGGACACCAGCUGAUCGGUUUGGGUGGAAGAAACUGUGUGGCUUGUAAUAAUCCCAGAACGCUGUUUGCAGCAAUCUUCGGUUGCUCUAAAUGAAGACACAUGAGAUGAAAAAGCCUAUGGAUUACUUUUCUAUUUCAUUCUGUCAUUUUUAAUGGGAAUACUUGCCGCAUUCAAAAUAAUCCGGAAGAUAAAAUGAAGAUGCUCUUUUGAUAAGCACAGUGCCAUCUUUUGGAGCGACUGCUUUUGUCUUUUUCACAAAGGUCAUUAUUAUUGUCAUAUCAGCAACAAAUUUGCCAUGGAUGACCAUCUGUGCCACUACCAGCAUGACAUCAUGUGCUGAAAUCUCAAUGACCUUCAACUAUUAUCAAUUAUUAACUUUUUCAUUCUUCUGAAAGCUGUUUUUGUGAAUCCCUGACCCUGACUAUUUUUCUGGUUGGCGAUUUGUUGGUGAUAUUCAUUUGUGGAUUUUUGCUCAUUUCAAGAUCUCUUUUGUGACCCAGACAGGUUUUCUGGGGCAGACGAAAUGAUAAACAGCAAAAAGGAAGGAAAUUCCAUAAAUGGAGCCACAAAUGCUAUUGCUAGCAACAAUGUCAAUAUACAGGCAAACAGCCUGCCUCUUAUUCAACGACCAGAGGCCCCAAACAACUUUGCAUUGUUCUUGGAAAGUUGCGUGCGCCCAGUUGCAAAUUCCCUGAGCCCUUUUGGGAGUCUGCCACUCUUGGGACCCGUCUCCCUCCAGCUAGCACAGAUAAAGACUCAGUUGGCACUGCACCAGCUGAAUGCGAUUGCUGGUGGAAGUGUCACUCCCCCUGCAAUUCCCUUACCUUCUUUGACCUUGCUCAACUUUCUUAAGGUCACUAUGUCCCAUCAGAGAUUUAAUCCCCGUGGUGGACAGUUUUCUAACGAUCAGAGGUCCAUUCUGCCUGGCCAGUAUGGUCCUGGGUCACAGUCUGGUAUUGAACUAGGGGCGGGCCGCCAUGUCCCAGGUUCUGUGUCCAGUUCUCGUGGGGGUUUGAUGGUCAACCAGCAGAUGCCCAUCUCAUUGGGACGGCAGUCGCAGAUUUCCUCGGAUCAUGAUCUCACCACCAUAGACCGAAACCUCCGGGGAGCCCGCAACGAAGCGCGCCUCUUUGCUCAAUUGUUGGAGCAGUCCAAAUCAGCAGAUCCCCGCAUGAAAAAGGAUACAAGGGAUAAAGUGCUUUCGUCAGGAGGGAGUGGUUUUUCAGGGACUUCGAGAUCUGAUGAUCUGGACUGGACAAUGUUCCAGGGCCAUAGCAAGCCCUUUGCAUCCUCAAGCUUGGAUCGUCCAGGUUUUGGCGGCAGUAUGGGUUCAAGCGGUUUGGGCGGCCAACCAUCACGAGAACAGCGGCCAUCACGCUACACUUCGGAGAGUGCCAGCAGCAUUCUAGCAAGCUUUGGACUCUCAAAUGAAGACCUAGAGCUUCUGAGCCACUAUCCAGACGAUCAGCUGACUCCUGACAACCUACCGUUCAUUCUACGGGACAUCCGUAUGCGCAAAGCGAAAAGGAACACUGCUGAUAUUGAUGCUCGACACAAAGUCAUUGACUAUGGACAUUCAAGUCAAAUGGACUAUCCUGACGAGAACCCCGAUGACUUUCCAAGUGAACACCUACAUGAAGCGUCACCUAAGUAUGGGAGGGAAAUCCCUGGAUCCCUCUUCAGUGGCAUUGAUAUAACAAAGCAUCCUCAGCAAUGCCAAGCAGCUUCAGGUUCUGCACAAGUUCCAAAGCUUCCGAAACCUCCAGCAAUGGAAUCAAGACCAACUACAGUGUUUCCAGGAAGACCACCUGCUUCCCAGACUAUUCUACCACCUGCACAGAUUCCACCUCUGCUUGGUGCUGUCCCUAUGAUGAAGGUCGAGAAUAUCCCCGCAGGUCCGAGUACUAACUGGAUUCCGUUUCUUUCACCUCCAAUCAACGUGGCUGCCACCAAGAGGCUUCCGACUCCGACCAUGAUGAACGAUUACUUGGCGUCUACUCCGAGAAUCUUUCCUCAUACGUGCUCUCUAUGUAACAUUGAAUGUGUCCAGAUUAAGGACUGGAUUGAACAUCAGAACACAAAUGUACAUAUUGAGAAAUGUAGGCUUCUAAGGAAACAAUACCCAGACUGGAAUGUUGAGGCUGACUCUGUUUUAAGACCUGAGCCCAAAGCAGAACACAGCAGCAGGUCCAAGCGCCACACCCGAUCUCACUCGUACUCCAGAUCCCCCAGCCCAAAGCGCCGCCAUGAUUCAUCGAGCCGUCGCAAACGAUCUUAUUCUCGUUCACAAUCCCGCUCUCGAUCCAGAAGCCCCAGGAGAUACCGCCGCAGCAGCCGGUCUCCCCGCAGGAGGACUCGAGGCAGCCCUUACCGACGGAGGUCCCGUACUCCGUCGUACCGCCGCUCAAGGUCUCCAGCUUACAGCAGUAGGCGCUCUCCUGUGCACCGGUCGAGCCCCCACCGGCAGCAGAGAUCGAGCAAUAGUGAACUGCUGGCCAAAAAACUUAUGUCAUCAGCUGAGCUCUCGUCAAUUACAGAUAGUAGUACUUUGAAGGCUGUAGUCGAGUCAUUAGCACCGGCCCUACUGGCUGAACUAGCAAAGAAGAAAAGUAGUUCCUCUGCUGCUUCUGCUUCAAAAGGCAACAGCAGUAGGAGACGUUCUUCAUCACCUAAGAGAUUUGAAUCCUCUUCCUUGUCCACCAGAACCGUUAGCCAGAGGACUACUAGCUCUUCAGAGAUGUUGUCUUUUCAGGAUGUAAAGGCCAGAUCCCAGGGUGCUCCAGGCACUUCUUGCUUGCUUAGGAUCACGGGAGUUCCUGUAGGCACUACCGGCAAAGAACUCACUGAAGCCAUUGAACCUUAUGGCAAGAUUUAUACUGCCAUCCUUCUCAAGGCAAUUCAGGAGGCCUCAGUGUGUAUGGAGAGAGAGGAGGAUGCCAGAGUUUUGCUUAAGUGUAAAAACGUGAGAAUUCAUGGGCAAGUUGUUAACAUUUACAUGGAGAAUGGUGACGAUCAUGACCGAAAGAGAAAUGUUAGGAUGGACAAAAGCAUCAAAAAAGAGAUUCCAUUAAAACAAAACAAACCAAGAGACUUCAAAGCAAAGGAGUCAAGCACUGCUAAAGCAAAGGAGUCAAGCACUGCUAAAGCAAAAGAGUCAACCACUGCUAAAGCAAAAGAGUCAACCACUGCUAAAGCAAAGGACUCAACCACGGCUAAAGCAAAGGACUCAACCAAUGCUAAAGCAAAAGAGUCAACUAAUCUCAAGUCAAAAAUUAUUGACCCCAAAAAGACUGUACAAACGCCUAAAACUAAACCACCUGCUAAGGCAUCAGAAACUACAGUUGUCAAAAAGGUAAUAAAAAAGGAAAUCCCUUGGAGAAAAAACAUCAUUGAAAUUACUGAUCUUCCAGAGGAAGGAGUUACAGAGGAUGACCUAACAAAUCUUGCCAAACCCUAUGGCUUCACAUGUACUCCUGUAAUUGCAAUAACUCAGAAAAAGGCUUACCUGCAAAUGCCUGACAAAGCGGCAGCUGAAGCAAUGGUAAAAGCUUUCUCCGAGACCCCUGCUAAAGUGCAGGAAAAAGAAAUAAACAUCAAGAUGAUGAUGCAGCCUAUUGACCUGAACUACACCGAGUCACUAUUCAGAGUACUGGUGGGCAUGGAGAAGUCACCAGAAAUCAUCACAUUACCAGAACGUCUUCUAAUUGUCGGUAAUGUGCCAAAAACUCUUGAGGCAAUCAAGGAAGUAGAGACCCUAAUCCAGAAGCAUGGUGCUUACAAGAAGGUUUUGCAUUUGAAUGGCAGGGUGAUUUUUGAAAUGGAGAGUGCCAGUAGCGCUAGGAAUAUUUUCAUUCGCUUUUUCAAGUCUCCUUGUGUAAUCCAGAACAAUUCCCUCACCUUCCAAACAGCCAAACCUCUCAAGGUAGUUGAACAGGUGAGAAAGAAGCCAGUUGCAAAAGGGGCUACACCUCUUGCUAAAUCAGCUAAGGGUAAUGUUAAUACCCCCAUGGUUAAAAAGACAGUGGCUGCAACAGCGAGUACUUCUGCUUCUGUGAAGAACAGUGCUGCUGCUUCAAAAGCAAGCCUGAUUGUUGACCCUGCUGGUGCCCAGAACAACAAUCCUGCAGAUCCCCCUAUAAAUAAAGAAGUCUCUUCUGAUGCUGCUGCUGUUGUACCUGAAAAAGAGGAAGUUACUGAUAAAAGCGAGGAAGCAAAACACAGUGUUGACAGUAUCCCAGCCACUACUGUUGAAAACACUCCUGAAAAUACUGAGGCUCCCAGUGCAAUCAUAGAUAAUUUGUCUGCAAAUGUAGAAACUACUAAUGCUGAAAGUAAUGUGGAGGGCAGCUCAAAUGAUUCCCAGACUGAUGAGAAAACCUUUAUGGUGACCCCAGAGGUUGAGUCUGUGGCAGUGAAAUCAGAGGUGGAGGCCAUGGUGGUGACCCCAGAGGAUGAGUCUGUGGCAGUGAAAUCGGAGGUAGAGUCCAUGAUGGUGACCCCAGAGGUUGAGUCUGUAAAAACAGAACCUUUAAGUCCCACUGGAGAAUCCACAGUAUCAUUUGAGUCUGUCGAAGCCAAGCUUGAAGCUGGAUCCUCUAAUCCUACUUCAGAAUCUGCAAUUUCAGAUGGGCCUGUAAACAAAGUGCAUGAUUUAGCAUCCACAACUCCCACCACCAAUGCUGAAACACAUCAAGCAGAGUGUUUACCCAAAAUUGAUCAGGAGGUCCAGAUAGCUGAAGAUGCUCCUAAAGAAUUUGGUCUUACCUCUGUGGACGAGAGUGCAGUGGACAAUGAGAAGUUGGCAGAAGAUGUUAAUGUAGAGUUGAAUCCGAAUUUGGAAGUUGCUGCUAGCGGUGAAGCAACAGAGGACAUGGAGACCCAGAAUCCAGGAGAGUCCAAAGUACAGGAGAUUAAUGAACAAACAGAGGCUCUAAUACCAUCUGAACCUUUGGAUACAGACGUUAAUUCUCAGUCUGGUGACCAGACCCAACUUGCUGAUAAGACUCCAUCUGCAGCUGUUGAGUCUGACUCCAUCGCAACCUUAGACCUGCCCUCUUCUUCUGAGCAGAAUGUCAGUAAUUCAGCUGUCAACAUUAUGCCUGCAUCAAACAGUCCUCAAACUGUGCCCGAGUCCCUUGAUGACCCAUCUUUGGAGUUUCCUCCUGUUACGCAGGAGAUUUUGAAGGCCCUUGAAUUAGCAGUUCAUCAGUGUCGCAUGCAGUCUUCAUUAAAACGUGCUCAAGAGGAAGCCAGACAGAAAGCUGAAGGCGAGAAAAAAGCUGAAGAAAGAACAACAAGUUCCAGGAAGCCCUCUUCAUCAGAGAAAUCUGCUCAAUCAGUUAAAAAAGGCACAAAAGCCGAUAACAAAAAAGUGCAGUCUGAAAAGGAGAAAAAGUCUCAGAAUUCAGGAUCCAGAAGCAGGCACGUGGACACCUUGUCCUCAGAGGAGGAGUCAUCUUCUAGACACAGAAGCAGGGGAAAUUCUGAAGAAGAUGCCCCUUCCACCAGGCGUGGAGGGUCAUGUUCACGGAAAAGCAGGCAGGAAUCUAGCCCCCCAACAAAAAGAUUGAGGGGGCAUGAUGACGACCGCAGGAGUCAUAGUAAAACCUCCCAAUCCUUAAGGAGUCACUCAAAAACAAGGUCAACCGAAAAGGCAAGAGAUGAAGAGUCAACAUUAUCUGAAGAACCGUUUCCCUUUAACUUGGAUGAAUUUGUGACGGUUGAUGAGGUCGGGGAUGAUGACAAUGUGGCCUUGAGCUCAGAAGCUGUAGCCACUGAUGAGAAAAUCAAAGAUGAACCCACUCCCCUCUCUCCCGUUAGAAAGUCAACUACACCAAUAGACUCAAAACCGAAGAGGACUACUAGAUCUACAACAAAGAAGACUAGACCUUCUGAAACAAAGGACCUUAAAGUUACUGACACUGCAGACAAACAGGAAAACAAGACUGAAGAAACAAAACCAGUUGCAGAGGCUGUGGUAUCUCAAAAGCAAGAUGAGCUUGAAGAGCCUCAGGAAAUGAGUGUAGAUGACCAGACUAAAACUGUUGAAAUGGAAACUCCGGUUGAUGAAUGUGAGGCAACUGAGCCUGUAACAGAGUCUUCAGCUCCAACAGAGACCGACCCCGAUGUUAAUAUAGGUACCGUUUCAGAAAGCACAGACAUUGAGCUCUUAGACCAACUUGAGCAAAGCCACCCAGUUUCUUCCUCCCCUGUACAUGCAGAAAGCUGCCUGGCAAUUUCUAAUGAAGAGUCAAAUGGUGGUCCUGAGCAGUCUGAGGGCCCUGCUGCUGAUGUGGAAGAUAAAGAAGAGGAAACCGUGAUUUCUGACCUUACAUCUAAUGAGGCAAUGGUGACUCUUGAUGAAGUCAUUGAGGGUGAGGAAGAUGUUCUUAAUAAAACAGACGAGGAACAGCAGUUGAAGGUUGAUGAAGUGCCUGAGGCACUUAUGACCGUCGAUGAGGUUGUGGGAGAUGAUGAAACUGGCAGUGAAGAAUGCACGCUGGACAAGGAACUUCAAGGUCUUGUCACACUUGAUGAGAUUGUUGAAGAGGAAGAGUUUGAUCCUGAGACCCUUGUUACUUUGGAUGAGGCCAAGGGUGAUGACGAAGAGGUUGAGGAAGUGAAUCAGAGUGAGGUCAAGCCUGUCAGCCCCAGCAUCACUGCAUCACCCAGACCAGAGGAGCCAGUGGAAUCACUCCACCAGCAAGAAGAGGAGGCCUGUGACUUGGAAGAGCUUCGGAAGAUGAAUUUCGUAACUGUGGAUGAAGUAGGGGAGGAGGAAGAAGAGCAACCACCGAGUGAGGAGGUCAGGGAAAAAGAAGUAAAAAAGAGACCUACAAGGGCCAAAAAGAGAGCCCGUAAAACCCCAGUGAGAAGAUCCACAAGGGGUAAAAGAGGGGCGACAGACAGUGGCAAUGUGGCGGAUGAGCCUGAGAUAAAUGCAGAGGGUGACGCAGAAACAACUUCGGCCGAACAGGAAGUUCCUCCCUCAUCUGAAGUCCCCACUGAUGUUGAAAAGGCAGAAACACAGAUGCCUGAAGUUGUGAGCGUUCCAGAUACGUCAAGCACAGAGCUUGUCUCUUUAGAGACAGAAGAAGAGCGCAAUACGAUCAAAGAUGAUGAUGAUGAUGAUGAUGAUAGCUCUAGAAAGUCAGAAAGACAAGACACUGACAAGAAAACAACAAGCAAAGAGGAAUCCAAAAAAAGGCGAGAGACUGAGCCAAGCCAGGAACCUGAGGCCAAGAAAGUUUGUUCUAAUGUUCCUGUGAUUGAAGACUUCACCUUGCCCCCUUACAUCCCAAACAACCCCAUUGGGGUUGACUUUGUGAUACCAAAGACGGGUUUCUUCUGCAGACUCUGCUCUCUGUUCUAUGGCAAUGAAGAAACCGCCAAGAACACUCACUGCAGUAGCCUACGACAUUACCAGAACAUGGAGAAAUAUUAUAAAAAGCUCAAGUCUCAAGAGCAAGCUGGCAACUCAACACAGAUGACGUCCAGUCAGAGUUCUGCUUCUGAAUAAUCCCAAUAAUUUUUUUUGUAUAAUCUUAUAAAAUGGGUCCAAGAUUUGUUUUGUUAAAUUGUAUUGUAUACAUUUUUCUUGUUUAGAAUGUCAUCCAUUAGCUUAUGCUAAAUAAAGAGAUCACAUAACAUA